UUUUUAGGUGGUACGGUAAGUGGGCUACGAAACUUUCGUACUGAUUUUUUAGAAGAAUGGCCUACACCAGGUACAGGUCCACACUUUGAUACGACCAUGAGCUCAAACUUCACAGGAUUAGUAGGAAAGACUGUGCAACUAGUAUGCAAAGUAAAAAACUUGGGAAAUCGAACAGUUUCCUGGGUAAGACACCGAGAUAUCCACUUGUUGACAGUUGGUAGAUAUACUUACACAAGCGAUCAACGCUUUGAAGCAUUACACUCGCCGCACACUGAAGAGUGGUCAUUGAAGAUUCGAUAUCCUCAACGUAAGGACUCAGGGAUCUACGAAUGUCAGAUAUCUACUACUCCGCCAAUUGGUCAUCCAGUUUACUUAACAAUAGUUGAGCCGGAAACCAUAAUAGUUGGAGCGCCGGAUCUUUUUGUUAAUAAAGGUAGUACCAUCAACUUGACCUGUCUCGUCAGGUACGCUCCAGAACCUCCGCCAAAAAUGACGUGGAGUCAUAACGCGGAAGAAAUAAAUUUUGAUUCGCCACGUGGCGGCAUCAGUCUGGUAACGGAAAAAGGACCCGAGACAACGAGUCGAUUGAUGAUUCAGCGCGCAGUGCCAAGCGACUCGGGAAUUUACACCUGUCUACCCAGUAAUGCCAAUCCAAGCAGCAUAAGGGUACACGUCGUCAAAGAAGAACAUCCAGCUGCAAUGCACCACGGAGAUGGCAGUACAUCUUAUGCCAAAAGUCUACUGUUACCUUUAUCAAUUAUAUUAACACUUAACAUAAUUUUUGUAUAAAACGAAUGGAUCAUCUUUAAAUAUAUGAUUGUAUGUAUCAUAAAAAAAUGAUGUGUCUGGAUGAAGGGAAAUUGUAUCAAAUGAAUAAUUGCUAUUGCCCAGGGUAUAUUGUAAGACAGAAUGUCGAGAUUUGUUUAUAAUCUACAUCCGUGACCAAAGAUUUUUUCAAAAUAUUAUCACGGUCUUAAUAGGUACGAUCUUAGUAUUUUGUUAUUAAAAAUAAAUCUAUCGAUGAGAGAAGGCAGAUAUUAAAAA